CCAAGCCUCCACAGCAGAUGAAAUUCAGACACCAAGCCUCAAGAAAGAAAAUACCGUAAUAAUGAUGCAGUUGGUUGUUUUCGUUGUGAUUGCUGCUGUAUGCAUCACAGAAUCAUACGCCUUUCUAUUCGACGACAUUAUUUCCAAUUCCGAAUGCCGAAAAAGGAACAUCGAGUGUUGCCCUGGUUACGAGUGUAAAUCUGGGAAUGGCAUUGAUCCCACAUGCGUCAAGGACAACUUCCCGUGUAGUGAUUUCUUCGAGUGGGGUUCUCAACACUCAGCCUUCACUUCACAGCUCUCAAGCAACUCGGACAAUCUAAAGACAUGCAACCCGUCCAGCAAUAACGACGACAUCUUCGGCAGCAAAGGCUGCGACAAGCUUACCAAGUGCUGCCGAGUGAAAACCGGCGGCGGCUGGUGGGAUCAAAUAUUCGGGAAAAAGGUCGGCAUCUGCGUGACGUCACCUUCCUACAACCCGUGUAAACGUGGCCAAACGAGGAACUGCAAAUGUCCCACUGAACACGACGACGGCUGGGAUUGGCUGUUGGAUCUUCUGGAGAAUGCAAAAUAACUACCAUGAACUUUUGUUUUAAACAGACUGUCGAUCCUGAGUUUGCUGUCCUUAUAAGGUGUUUCUACCAAAAGCACACAAUAAUUAAGCUAUGAGCAUUCUAAGUAAGAAAGUAUAUUUGAACCAGAAAUCUCAAACAUUGUUUUGAGGACAACAUACCUUUAAUUUUAAUUUACCUAACUUCGGAAUUCAGUAAGCUCCAUUCUUUUCAUGUACACUUUAAGGCAAAUAAAAUAUUAAAAUAUUGCUUGAAUAA